GGCAUUAUCUUCGGUCAAAACCUUUCUGUGGUGCCAGGGGCGUACCGCAACAUCCGCUCUCUUUAGGGGUUUCAAGCUGUACAAAAAACCUUCCCCCUUGGAAUUCCCUACAGGGGUGUUGGGUCUUUGCUUAAGGUUGAGUUUGUUUUGGUCAAUCAGCCUGCCACCCGGCAAUGUUUACGUUUUGAUUGAAAAUUGCUUCAUUCUCAAAAGCUUUAAAAACCAAGCAACCUCUGGCUUUUGGUUAAUCGACAACCAAUAUUACAUCUAUAGCUCGUUUAUUCUAGUGUUGUAACUUGAAACAGCAACACUUGUUGGCUGCAACACCAAUAUUGCUCAGAGAACGAACGAGUCGUGCCAAAGAGCGAGAGUAACAACAGCAACAUCAGGUGGCACCGCAGCAACUUGGGACCUUAAAUCAACUAUAAAGCGGUGGACUUUAACUUAAAUCAGUAUCACGAUUUAGGUGUAUCUAUUGACCAUAUAAUCCAGGCGCCAUGAACACUCGUCGCCGUCCCAUGGCUCCCGUCCAGAGUACUUACGCAAUAAAUGCUAAGAUCUGUCGACUGGUUGCCGAGCAUCCGUGUCUCUAUGAUCGCUCAAACGAAUUCUAUAUGCGACAAUCCUCUGUUAACAAAGCCUGGAAGGAUAUAUCGAAGAAAACCCAAAGUUCAAUCCAAAGCUGCAAGGAACGCUGGCGCAACAUCCGCACAAGCUACGCCCGCUCCAUAAAGUUGCAUCAUGGGGAGAAUACAUAUUAUUUGAACAACGAACUGCUGUUCCUGCAGAAUCACAUCACUCCAGGAGUUCCCAUUCCCGUGAAAGGUCGUCGCUCAAAGGCCAGGAGACAGGAGGAGUCGGGUCACAACUGCGAAUCCCCAGAUCCUUUCAAUCCACUCGUCGAUAUAAAAACUUCGCCAAGUAGUGUGGAUUCGGAGCAUGCGCCGAGCCAGGACAGCCAAGAGAAUCCUGAGUCCGAAGAGGAGUCCGAUGACGAAACGGACUCGUUUCGGCUACGAGACCAAAAGCGAUUGCGUUUGUCAAGCGAGUCUAAGGAAGAUGAAAUGACAUCUCCAGCUCCUCACAUCGACUUUGAUGAUGUAUUCCUUAAGGGCUUGCUUCCUGAAAUGAAGGUCAUGGACUUCUACCAGAAGCUGUACUUUAAACGUCGGGUAUACGAGGUUCUUUCUGAAAUAUUCGGUCGCGAAGACCCUCACAUAUCUAUCCUUCAACACCAAUCCUGUCCUCGUCGUCAGCCUCGUCCCGAGAUGGGCGAGAAGGCCAACGAAACAACCCGUCUGCGUCGUCAGCCUCCCCCCCAGGCACCAUCGAAUCCUUUGCAACGCUUAGGAGUGACCCUGCAACUGCCAAAGCUGAUGCCCAAGCCAUCCAAAACUGCCGAUGAUGGCUAGACUCUUAUGGAAUUUAUGCAUCAUUUUUAGGAAACCUAAUUAAGUUGUUACAAACAUAAAUAUUAAAAAAUGCAUGAGCAUGAAUCCAAAACUAGCUCAUAAGAAUAAACAUUACUGAGGUGCAUAUUUAUAGAUUCUUGUAGAUAUUAAGACAAGGGAAAGCUUUGAAGGUAAGCCAAGAA